GCGAGAGCUCUGCGUCGGCGUCGUCGGUGUCGUCGUUUACACCCCAUUUCGGGCUCGUCGAUCCUGGUCUUCCGGGACGCAUCGGAGGCAGCGGGGAGGGAUUGUUCCCACGGCCACCAGCUCGCGUCGCUCCUAAUCGCGGAACCCAUCUUGCAGUUUCGCGGAAUUUCGUCAUUCUAGUGGUGUUGCUUCCGAUGAGCAGUGCUCGAUCGAUUGCCAUUUCGGUGAGGUUUCGUUGAUCCGGGAGACGAGGUUGGUAAAUUGAUUGCUGGACUUCCAUCGGGCAAUAGUGGUUGCAAUUCAUGUGGAGAGAAAUUCAUUCUCCAGCGAGACUGGGUAUAUAUGUUUGUGUUUAUCACCUUUCUGAUGGUUAGGGUUCGAGGGUUACGCGGAUGAAUUGAUUCUAGGGGCUUCGGAUUCAUGGUGGUGGUCGUUUGGGCACAUUAGCAGGUGUUAAUAGUUUUAGAGGAAUUAGGAACUUGGUGGCAGAGAGAAUUGGCGGCAUUGGCGUGGUCGAGGGAUGGUUAGGAUAACGGGAGGUUUGGCUGGAAAUCGUUCCUGAGGCGGGGUGGGAGCAAUUUGGGUGAGAGGGUGUGGUGUAGUGGUUUUUAAGUGUUAGAGCUAUGGGGUUUCAGUGAGGGUAAGAGUUUAUGCGGGUAAAUAGAAGGUGAACCUGGAGGGGGUGGAGAUCUGGAGAGGCGGAAUUCGGGCUGGGGAUCAAGAAGGCAAGUGUGAAUAUCAAAGCUAGGUUUGGCUCGCCGUUGAGGUGUUAAGGAUGGCGCAACUGGUGGAGGACUGGUACAAGCAAAUGCCCAUCAUCACGCGCACUUAUCUCACUUUGUCUGUGCUUACCACUGCUGGAUGUGCUCUUGAGGUGAUUUCACCAUUUGACGUGUACUUAAAUUCUAAAUUGAUCAUACACAACUAUGAAGUUUGGAGACUCAUUACCAAUUUCUUUUACUUUGGCAAACUCGAUUUGGAUUUCCUCUUUCAUAUGUUCUUUUUGGCAAGGUACUGCAAACUGUUGGAAGAUACAUCGUUUCGUGGCCGCACAGCAGACUUCUUCUUUAUGCUCCUAUUUGGUGGAACUAUACUCACCAUCAUUGUCGUAGGUGGUGGCCUGUUAAUGUUUGCGGCUCCAUUUGCGGAUAUACUCUUCCUUAGCAACUCCCUUACUUUCAUGAUGGUGUAUGUAUGGAGUAAGCGCAACCCUCAUGUACAAAUGAGUUUUCUUGGUCUCUUCAGCUUCACAGCUCCUUACCUACCUUGGGUUCUUUUGGGCUUUUCGGUUAUGGUUGGAAGCAGUCCAUGGGUAGACCUUUUGGGAAUGGCUGCAGGGCAUGCGUAUUACUUUUUGGAGGAUGUGUACCCUUUGAUGACCGGGCGUCGUAUUUUGAAGACCCCCGGCAUCAUAAAAGCGCUCUUCCCUGAAGACACAGUUUUGGUAGCAAGGCCAGCCCCAGCAGGAGCACCUCACAGGGACUAGAUUUGACAUCAUCCUUUCGUCAAGGAUCAUUCUUUGUCACAUUUCCAAUCCUUGCACACUAAUGGAGCUAACUAAGAGUUCCAAUGAUGGCCUUUGUUUUUCCAAUCAAAAGUGCCGACCCUGUUUUUGCCUCCUAUAGUUACUCUCUCUUUAUCCACGUGGAUGAAAGAAUCCAUCCUUGGCCAGGUUCGACGACCCAGUAGUGACAAGCACCACCUUCAAAUGUAUGCACGGGAUAAUUUGCCUGUAAAUUACUAUUCUCGCCUUUGACAGGGUGUGUAUCUCUACACUGGAGCUUUGCAUGAAUUGGAAUAUCUUAUUACUUAACACAGAACCUCCAUUUGUGAUGAGACUAUGUUCCUUAGAAGUAGGGGAUACCAAGAAGUAAAGGAUAAUAGCAUGAAACCUUUGUUGAGCGUUUCUGUUAUGUUUUGACUGUGGGCGCCCAGUUUAUAGGACGUUUGUUGGAAGUUCAUUAGGGGCUUUAAUGUAUGGUCCAUCCGUUGUAAUUGCAACAGAUUUUCACAAAUUUAAUAUAUAAUAAGUUACCUUCGAA